AUGCAGACGUCCACCACAGAGCCCAACUUGGGCAUCUUGACCACACUCAUUCAAAACACAAUGACACACGAAGCAUCCGUGAGAAUAAAAGCGGAGCAAGAUUUGAAGGAGAUGGAACGACAACCUUUUUAUGUUGCUCUACUCUUGAGAUAUAUUUCAGAUGCUAGUAUGAGAAGUGAACAUCGUUUGAUGGUUGUUGUGUUUUUGAAGAAUUUGGUAAAGAAGGAUUGGGAUGUUAAUUUGAUAUUGCGUCCUGAAGAUAAAGAGUUGAUUAAACAGGGAGUUGUAGAGUUAUUAUUUUCAACUUCUGACACCAAGAUACAAGACGUACUUUCCGAAAUCAUCACAAUUAUUAGUGAAUUUGAUUUUUACAAAAAUUGGACAAGCUUGCUUCCGUAUUUGGUGAAUCAAUUAAGAACAAAUUCUUCAAAUUUCGAAACUGUUAGAGGUGUUCUUUUUACUUGUCAUUCACUCUUCAAAAAGUACAGAGAACAAUCCAAGACUGAUGAAAUAGAAGAUGAAUUGAUUUACAUUAUGAAAGAGUUUGCUGAUCCAAUGUUCCAUACCUUCCAAGGAUUUGUCUCAUCUCUUUCUCAAACUACAAAUGCCAACGACUUGAAACUAAUUUUCACCUGCAUUAAUUUGCUACUCGAAAUAUUUUACUCAUUGAACUGGGUUGACAUUCCCGAAUAUUUCGAAGAGCAUGUUGCAGAAUACAGCUCCAUGUUUAACACAAUUUUAAAUUAUGACAAUCCUGCCUUAGACAAUAAUUUAAUUGAAGAGCCAGGAUUAUUAGAUGAGGCAAAAAGACUAGUUUGCCAAUCCAUCAAUCUUUACUUGGAAAAGUAUGACGAAAUAUUCCUUCCAUAUGUGGAGAUAUUUGCAACAAGCGUUUGGCAACUUCUCUCCAAGUUGGAUUCAAAGAUGAAGUAUGAUGCUGUUGUUUCAAAGUCCAUUGAAUUUCUGACCUUGGUCAGUAGAAGUGAAAAAUAUGGCAUCUUUAAGGAUGCUUUGCCACAAAUCUGUGACAACAUUAUUAUCCCAAACAUUUCUCUUCGUGAAGAAGAUGAAAUUAUUUUUGCAGAAGAACCUAUCGAAUACAUUAGAAGAGAUAUUGAGGGUUCUGACACAGAAUCAAGAAGAAGGUCUGCUCAAGAACUAAUCAAAUGCCUUAGCAUAUACUAUGAAAAGGAGAUUGCCGACAAUUUUAUUCAAAAGAUCCAAACUCUUUUACAAAAAAACGAUUGGAAGAGUAGAGAUGCUGCCAUUUUCUUGGUCACAUGCAUUUCUGUCAAGGCCUCUAUUCAAAGAAAGGGUGCCACUCUUGUUAGUCAAUAUGUUGAUGUUAUGAACUUUUUAUCCACUCAAAUAAUUCCUCAAUUACAGGCCAGUUCUCAUCCCAUCAUUCAAGCUGAUUCUAUCAAAUUUAUUUGUACCUUCAGACAGCAUCUUCCAAAAGACUCCUUCCCUGUUAUAUUCCCAUUGACAAUACAACUUUUAUACUCAUAUGAACCAGUUGUCCAAACAUAUGCCGCUUGGUGCAUUGAAAGACUGUUAGUGGUUAGAGAAGAGAAUGGUAAACCAAGAUUUACUCAACAAGAUGUUUUUCCAUUUGCUGAGAAAUUAUUACAAGGAUUAUUCCAUGCUCUUGACAAUACUGAAGAAAAUGAAUAUGUCAUGAAAGCUAUUAUGAGAUCUACUGCUGUGCUAAAAGAGCAAAUGAAACCAAUUAUGCCUGCAUACAUUUCCAAGAUUACAGAAGUGUUAGGACAGGUUUGCAAGAAUCCAAGUAACCCCAAGUUCAAUCAUUACCUAUUCGAGUCCUAUGCUACUGUUAUCAAAUUCAACAGAGACUACAUCUCAGAAUUUGAAGCUUCUCUAUUCCCACCUUUCCAAACUAUUCUCACAAGUGGUAUUGAGGAAUUUACACCCUAUGUUUUCCAAUUGAUUUCUCAACUUUUAUCUAUUAGACAACCUCCACUUCCACAAACUUACGUGGGCCUAUUCCCCAACUUUUUAAGUGCACAUUUGUGGGAAAGUGAAGGAAAUAUUCCAGGACUUGUUGCCUAUGUUGCUACUUUUAUUACAAAGGCUCCACAAGAACUUGCCAAGAACAAUCAAUUGCAACAGGUUUUAGGACUUUUCCAAUCAUUGGUCAUGUCUAAAACUAAAGAUUAUCAUGGAUUUAGAAUUUUAGACAGCUUAAUUUCAACUGUUCCCUAUGAUCAAUUAAGCGUAUAUAUGGUUGAAAUUUUUAAAAUAUUGUUCACUAGACUUCAAAAGAAAAAGACUGGACAAUUUGUGAGAUGUCUCAUUAUUUUCUUCUCCAACUUUGUGGUGAAAUACGGUGCAAAAGCGUUAUUUCAAACAAUGAACCAAAUUCAGCAAGGUAUUUUCUCUUCACUUGCAAAGGUAGUUUGGGAAAGCUCUUUAAAGACCAUCUCUGGCAAAAUUGAAAAGAAGGUGUGUGCUGUGGCUUUGACCCAAAUCUUGUUCCAGAAUUCUGAUUUAAUUCAAACUGCUGCAGAUACUUGGAAGAUGUUGCUGGAUGAACUUGUUUCUUUCUUGGAAGGAGUUGACAAGGCAGAGGAAGAAGAAGAAGUUUUUGAUGAUGAUGAAACGGUUCUCCACACAGAGAGAGGCUUGACAGGUGGAUAUAAGGUAACUUUCACAAAACUCAGCUUUGCUGCCAUGGGAAUUGAAGAUCCUGUAAAAGAAGUUCAGAACAGUAAGCAGUAUCUUGCUCACAACAUUAGCAACUUUGUGUCACAACUUGACCCUCAGCAAGUUCAAUUUGUCACUUCCCUGAUUCGCUCCAAUCCAACCAGUGCACAACGUCUCUACGAAUAUAUGCAAAGUAAUGGGCUAAAUCCUUCUUUCUUACAAUAA